CGACACUCUGCAGUCAUGAGUGAUAGAACUCCUCUACUGGUCUUCACAGCUGGUGGCAGUGAACUGGGUGACGUCUCAUUAAACUUCCGUGAUGCAGGAGAGGAAGAUUCAACAGAGAUCAGGAUCAUCCUGCUGGGGAAGACUGGAGUGGGGAAGAGUGCAGCAGGAAACACCAUCCUGGGGAGAGAGGCGUUCACAUCUGAGCCCUCUCCCUCCACAGUAACACAGCAGUGUGAGAAGAGGACAGGAGAGGUGUCUGGGAGGCGUGUUGCUGUGAUCGACACUCCAGGCCUGUUUGACACACACCUCUCUAACAAGGAAACUUUACGUGAGAUCCUGAGCUCCAUCUGUCUGACCUCCCCGGGACCCCAUGUGUUCCUGGUGGUCAUCCAGCUGGGCAGAUUCACACAGGAGGAGAAGAAGACAGUGGAGCUGAUCCAGAAGACCUUUGGAGAGACAGCAGCACAUUACACCAUGGUGCUCUUCACACAGGGGGAUCGACUGGGGAGUCAGAGUAUUGAAGUGUUUCUCAGUAGGAGUGCUGAUCUUAAUCAGUUUGUCAGUCACUGUGGGGGUCGUUAUCAUGUGUUUAACAAUAAGAAUCCAGAGAACCCCAGUCAGGUGACAGAGCUGCUGGAGAAGAUAAACAGGAUGGUGGUGUGUAAUGGAGGAGGCUGUUUCACCAAUGACCUGUAUCCAAAGGCUGAGAGCGCGAUCAGGAAGGAACAGGAGAGGAUCCUGAGGGAGAGAGAGCCGGAGAUCCGCAGACAAGAGGAGGAGCUGGAGAGGGAAUACAGGGGAGAGGAGCUGGAGAAGAAGAAGAGAGAGCUCAGGAGACAGGAGGAGAGAAGAGCCAGAGAUAAAGCAGAGAGAAAUAAUGAAUUUAUAAAGAAAUGUUUUAUAUUAGGAGGAGCAACCAUAGGAACAGUACUGGGAGCAGCAGUGGGUGGACCAAUAGGAUUUGCAAUAGGAGCAAAAUUAGGACUAGGACUAGGAGUGGGGGUGACAGGGGCGGGCACAGUGGGGGGAGCAGCUGUGGGUUUAGGAGGAUUGUUGAAGUUUAAGGAUGAAAUACUGGAGGAAUGCCGAAUGCAGUGAGAGCAGGUGUGAUGGAUCAGGGACUGAGGCAACAGAUCCAGGAAGAGUCUUCAGUCAUCAAGGUGGAAAUACACCUUAGGAACACAGAACAGAAAAAAUCAAAAUACCCCUGUCUACACAAAGACAACCUGAAGGGUUGGAUGCACAGACAGCAAUAACAAGCAAAAUAAAAAUAAACAACAAUAAAAAUAGAACAAUAAAAUAUCAUACCUUCACGUUGAACACAGGCUUUCAGUCUGAAGUGGAGAGUCUGCAAUCUCCAGGGCAGAUCCAGUCCAUUGACUGACCCCCGCCAGCCCCUGAGGAGUGUGUGUGCUUGUACAGUAUAUUAAAGGAGCUGCUUAUAAUGUAAUCAGGAGCUGUACUUCUGUCACUCCUGCAGUUGAGGUGCUGGUCAUCUUAGUUUUGAGCUGUUUUUAUGAUUUAAGGCUGAGAAUCUUGUAACUCAAAUGUGUGGACGAAUUGUUAAUUCAUAAAUAAAAGAUUUGU